AUGGAGACAUUUGGACUGUCACGGAUACCCAAGCUGAACACCAUUAGACGGAACGCCCCAAAGACGGAACGCCCCAAAGAAGAGACGGAACGCCCCAAAGUAGACGGAACGCCCCAAAGGCCGGGCGAAGUAGACGGAACGCCCCAAAGGCCGGGCGAAGUAGACGGAACGCCCCAAAGGCCGGGCGAAGUAGACGGAACGCCCCAAAGGCCGGGCGAAGUAGACGGAACGCCCCAAAGGCCGGGCGAAGUAGACGGAACGCACCAAAGGCCGGGCGAAGUAGACGGAACGCCUAAAAUCAAGAAUGCAAAACUGUCACGGAGUAGUUUAGUUUUUUUUUUCUUUUUCUCUUAUUCAUUUUUCUUCCUUUUUGUUUUUCUUUCUCACACUUCCUUUUCCUUCAUUUUCUAUUUCAAAGAUUUUUCCUAUCUUUCCUUUUUUCCCCAUCGUUUUUCUUUUAUUCUUUUCUUUUCCUUCUUUAUCCUUUUCUAUCCUUUUCCAUUUUUUCUUUACGCUUCUGUUCUAUUUCCACUUCUCCUUCUCUUGACAUUUUUUUCUCCCUCAUUCUCUCGCUCUUUGUUCUACUUCCUUAAACUUAUUCUUUCUUCUUCUAUGUUUUCAUGA